AUUACGGCGUUCCUCGGUAUUCCAUCUCUUGCUUGUUCUCUGCAGACCAUAGAUCGGUUUUAAUCGCGCUAUCGUUUCAGCGACCCCACUCUUGUUAUGGAGUUCUCGUCAGUUGUUUCCAACGGGUGGGAACGGAAAAGUCUGGCUUGCAUUGCAUUUUGUAGCGAUUCCCUCAUUCUUACAGACCUUCGAGUCUUCGUACAUAGGCGGCAGGAGCAAGUGUGGCAGAGAAUUCCAUCAUGUUUUCGUUGCCAGUGGUUACAAAUUGUCGUCGGUAUGGUCGUGUUGUGUCGAUACCUUAUACGUUCCUUGUGGUAUAUUUGUACAGAUUGCUGGAGUUCGUGUGAUAGUCUGGCGAGUAGGCAUCAGCAGCUCAUAUACCAAAGCAAAUACAAAAACAUGGCAUAACCCCAUAUAUACCUGUGCCGCAUCGUGAACCAACCCCACAGUAAAGGUACCUCGUGAGCACUUUUCUUACCGCCCUACUGUCCGUGUCCCGCCCACCGCCUUCCUCUUUUGUACAGCUCUGCCCCACGACAACACGACCAUU